AUGAAAAGAAAAAGUUCUUCAAAAGUCUCAUCUUCUUCAAAAUCUCCUCCUUCCAAGAAAUCGAAAGAUAGCGAGGAAACUAAGGAAUCAACAGAUCAAUCCUUAUAUAAAAAGAAAAGGUUAUCCAAAAAACAAGUGAAUACUAUUUUAACCUAUAAUGAGAAAACAUUAGAACAAGAUAAAGAUUCACUUGUUUCCAUAUUUACCUUCCUCUCAAAUCAAUUAGAACCCAAUAUUUCAAUUAAAUUAGGGGUUAGCUCAAUAUAUUUGGUCAUUGAAGAAUUAUAUAAUUUAUCUGGAGAAGGAAUUAUUGGCAUACAAGGAGAGAAAAGCAUUGAGAAACUAGUAAAGUCAAUUUCUCAAUUUGAAAAUUGUGAACAAGCAGUUGUGGUUGCAAGAGACAGAAUUGAAAAACAGUUAUUCAUUGUCAACAACCAUUUUCAAGAAAGUAUUGGAGAGUUAGAAGAAAUAGAGGAAGGUGAUUGUCUCCACAUAUUUAAGCGAAUCAAAAAUGGAUAUGGCUUAAUUGGCAAGGGAGUUUUAAUAGAAAAAAAUGAUACCACAGCCAUUCUUAAUGAAGUUGAAUCUUUGUUAGAAUUUGCAAAAAUUGAUUCCAAGGACAAAGAAUUUUCUCUGAGACUUGUUAGAAAGAAUAAGUCUAAGAGAGAAAAGGAAGUUCACCGACCUUCAUUUCUAUCCAAAAAGAGUACAUUAAUUACAGAAUCUGAUAGUGAAUCCGAGCUUGAGUUUGAAAGUGAAUCUGAACAUGAACCUCAUCUUGAAUCAGAAUCUGAGCUUGUUGAAUUAGAAAAAGCCAAAUCAAAGGAAAAAUCUCAACAUGAAUUGGAAAGAGGUUCAGAAUUAACCCAACUCCUCCAGAUUCCAAAUUUCAUUGAACAUUACCAACAAGUAAUUCAAGAAAACUUACAACUGAAGAAAAAGGUUGGCGAAUACGAAAAAGCAAAUAAGAGUUUCAAUCAUGCUAUUAAGCUGAUCGUGGAAUGCGUUGAUAAUCAUCCAAGAGUGUUUAAUUUGAAUGAAACCACAAUUACAAUUGGUCAAGAGGCGUUCACUAUUAGCCAUAGGGAACGUUCUGUAUUGAAUAAGCUAAAUGAAUCAAAAAAGAUUCAGUAUAUUGCAGAUAACAUUUUGAAGAAACCGUUGAAAGAUGUUAAUGAUGACGAAAAGGAAUUAAUUAUUGGGAUAGUUAUGGAUAUCAGAGGAUUGAAUGUCAAUACUGAUAAAGAGGAAGUGAAAAAGCUUAGAAAUAUAUUCAGAAAUAUCAAGUGUAAUUCUAAAAAACAAUAACACAGCAAAACAAGCAACAACACUUUCAUUGUAAAUAACAAAUCUAUAAAUAAAGCAAAAAACUUGUC